AUGAGCCAAAACGAGGCAAGUGAAGAAACAGGUUUUAAUCCUAGGGCAUUUCCAUUAGCUUCUCCAGAUUUAAACAACAAGAUUAUUAACUUGGUGCAACAAGCUUGCAGCUAUAAGCAAUUAAGGAAAGGAGCAAAUGAAGCAACUAAGGCUUUAAAUAGAGGUGUAGCUGAAGUGGUUUUGCUCGCUGCAGAUGCUGAGCCUUUGGAAAUUCUUCUUCAUCUUCCAUUAGUUUGUGAAGAUAAAAAUACUCCUUAUGUUUUUGUCCGAUCAAAAGUUGCUCUAGGACGUGCUUGCGGAGUAUCUAGACCAGUUAUAGCAGCAGCAAUUACAUCAAAGGAUGGCUCAAGUUUGUCUCACCAGAUUACUGAGCUAAAGAACCAAAUAGAGCGAAUUCUAGUAUAA